ACCGGGGUGAAAGGUUUUGCCAACAUGGCGGCUCCCCGUGAUGACAUGUUUUCCUUCUGCACAGACGCCGGCAAAGUUGCCAGCGGUGUAGAAGUGAGGUUAAUCGACAACAUCAAGGGGAAGGGUCUUUUUGCCAAGAGAAGCAUCAAGAAGGGAGACACCAUCUUCAUCGAGCGCCCGCUUGUCUCCUCUCAGUUCCUGUGGAACUCUUUGUAUCAAUAUAGAGCUUGUGAGUUUUGCUUAAGAGCGCUGGAGACAGCGGAGGAGAACGCCAGGAGGCUCAGUGGCAACCCAGGACUCACACUUCCCCAUCCUGAGCUCUGCCAGGUCCGACCCGAGCUUCACCAGGCCUGCCCUCAGUGUCAGGUGCUGUACUGCAGCAGCGAGUGUCGACAGGCUGCCGCUGAUCAGUACCACCGCGCCUUGUGUCUCGGCCCGUCUCAGGAAGACCCCGACCAUCCCAUCAACAAACUGAAAGAUGCCUGGAGGAGCGUCCACUACCCCCCAGAGACCUCCAGCAUCAUGCUCAUGGCCAAAAUGGUGGCUGCUGUCAAACAGGCUAAGGACAAAUCCCAGUGGCAGAAGCUUUUCUCGCACUUCUGCAGCCGGACAGCCAACGAGGAGGAAGAGAUCGCCCAUAAACUCCUGGGGGACAAGUUCAGAGGGCAGCUGUCUCUGCUGCACAGCCUCUUCGCCGAAGCACUUUAUGACGAUCAGCUGAGUCGGUGGUUUGUCCCCGAGGGCUUCCGCUCUCUCUUCGCUCUGGUGGGAACUAACGGACAAGGCAUCGGCACCAGCUCCCUCAGUCAGUGGGUUCACGCCUGCGACGCGCUUCAGCUUCCUGGCCAGCAGAGGGAGCAGUUGGACUCCUUUAUCGACCAGCUGUACAAAGACAUCGAAAAAGAAACGGGAGACUUCCUCAACUGUGAAGGCUCUGGACUCUUUCUGCUUCAAAGCUCAUGUAACCACAGCUGCACGGCAAACGCCGAGGCGUCCUUCCCCGACAACAACUUCCUGCUUCACCUCUGCGCCCUCUGCGACAUCGCCCCCGGAGAGGAGAUCUGCAUCAGCUACCUGGACUGCUGCCAGCGCGACCGGAGCCGUCACAGCCGCCACAAAAUUCUGAGGGAGAACUACCUGUUCACCUGCUCGUGUCCGAAGUGCGUCUCGCAGAUGGACGAGCUGGACGUGACAUCAGAGGAGGAAGAGGAGGAGGAGGAGGAGGAAGGGGAGGCGGAAGGUGAAACGGAGGGGGAUGAGAUGGAAGAUGAGAUGACUGAUGUGUGAUGGAGGCUCACAUUUCUGUUCCUGCCCCGGAAUAAAGACUUGACACGCUCGCACACACAACCUGCAGCGCCACUGAUUUUCACAGCAACCAAACAAACGCAUCGUCUCCAUUUCCGCUAUCCAUUCUCCAGCUGACAUAUGCAAGUCGGGAUCCAAAACUAGUAAUGUGCCAUCAUUCCUCACCAGUUUUGUUUUUACAAACCUCCUUCCACUUUAGGCUUUUCACGAAAGAUUUCUCUGUUUUACCAAAUAUGAGGAAACUAUCAACAACAAAGACGCAAUAAAAAAAUAAAACUUUCCUUUACCUGAUGGGAUUUUAGUGAUGAUUCCGUCGCUUUCUAAAUUUAACUUUCUCAGGUGACCUGAGAAUGGAAAAACUGGGACAUCAUCAGUGCCGUCUAUUUUUAUUGUGAACUUUCAAGUUGCCUGUGGACAAGACAAGACUAAGUAUCUCCCAACAUCUCAGCUAAGCACAGUCUGAGAAGGAGCAACAGCUCCAUCAGAGACUUCUGAGAAGUCUGUUUGCCCAAAUGGAAGAUGAAGGAGGACAACUGGGACUGAAGUCGGCGACACGUGCAACCAUUAUGGACCGUGAUGUGGAGGAUACCGAGGAGGUAUCUUGUUUUACACCUGCGGGCUGCGACAUGCUCAGUAUUAAUACAUGAGCCACAUUUGGUGGCAGUAGUGAGUCAUUGAACUGACUUGACAGCUGCAAAUCUGUGAUAGUUGUCAACUACGAUCUUGAAAAGAAAAAAUGAUGAAGAAAGUGACAGUGCCCCCAACAGUAAAAACCUGUGGGAGCAGUUUUAAAUUAAUUUUCCUUGCGAUACUUUCAUUUACACUUCACCUAUCGUCUUACUUUUUAGUUUAUUAAUGAAAAAAAAAACGUUUUAGGAUAUUUAGACGUUUUAUUAUACUUAUUUUAGUCAGAAUUGUAUUCAUGACUUGUGAGUUUUUCCAAUUUUAGUUUGCAUCAGGUGUAUUUUUUUCCGCCUUUUUUUAAUUUGAACAUGUUUUAAAACUUGAACAUGAACAUGACUUGCACCUGGUUCUGCUGCUGGUUGGACUUUUUGAUGACUAUUAUCUUUGUACUGAUCGCAUGGUUUCAUUCAUUUCACAAGGUUUUGGAUUGUUUACAUGUGUGGUUAUUGAACACAAAUGAAAUCAGUAGUCACAGUAAUGAAUCAGGUCCAUUCCUUGAAUGGGCCCUGGACCCAUUUGUUCUGGAAAAGGAGGCCCCAAGAUCAAAAAGGUUAAGAACCCCUGGUCUUAGUCUGUAUGUUCUUACUUUUUUCAUUGUUUUUCCCCCUUCUAUUUUAUUUCAUUUCUUUGUAUUGGCAUGUAUGUUGCUGCUGCACCAUAGAUUCCCGUUGUGGCUACAUAAAUGUAUUUAAAAAAAUGCUAUACACCAUGGAGCUGGGCAUCUGAGGGGGAGGGACUUCAUGAGUUCUAUGCUUAAA